AUGUAUUUUUUUAGUGAAUUUUACAAUCGUUGUUUUGAUGCUAAACGUCUUGUUAUAUCAAAAGCAGCUCUACGUAUUAAUUUAUGUUGUGUAACACGAGAUGAAACUGAAAAUGAUGUUUGGAAUCGUGCACAAUUACUUGAAUAUCAUCCUGAAACAGAUCAAUGUAGUUUACUUCUUGUUGAUUUAGGUACAUGGCAAGAAUGUGUACCACGUUCAAAUCUACGUCAUAUACUUGUACCAUUUCGUCAAGAAUGUGUUCGUAGUGUACCAUGUCGAUUAGCUGGUAUAGCACCAGCAAAACCAGAAAAAAAUGGCUUAUGGAAUGAAUGUAACAUUACAGAUGCCAUCAAAACGUUUCGAAAUGUCAUUGAUAAUGUUCCAACAGAAGUUGAAGUACUUGAUUGUUCAUCAAAUGGUUCAUAUUUUGUAAAUUUAUUUGUUACAACACAUGAUACAUUUGUAUGUGUUAAUGAUUUUUUACUUUAUCAUAAAAUUGCUAUACCUAUUGAUGAUUAUAAAAUAUUGAAACCAGAAGAAUUAGAUCAGAUUACUCAUGAACCGUUAUUAGCAAUUAUUUAUGAAUUUAAUCUUCAAGGCGAACUUUUAGCUGAAGAAAUAAAAGCAAAUCAAAUAAAACAAAAAGAAGAACAACGAAAAAAAUAUGAAGAACAACAACAAUAUCAAUCAAAUUGUCGUUUACCAUGCGUACGAAUAAUUGAUAUACCAUUAUUAUCAUCGAAAAAAUUAAUUUUUGCACGUUAUAAUAAUUGGGUAAUGAUGCCAUGGUUUUCUAUUAGUACUCUAUUUAAUCCACCAUUAUCUGAAAAUACUAUUGAACGAUUUGCAUUACUUUAUAAAUUUUCACCUGUUAUUAUAACACCAUUAACUAAUGCUGUACUUUGUGCUAAUUUAGAAAAAUAUAUAACAUCAAUAAAUGAUAAUAGAAAAAUAAAUUUUCAUGGACAUGAAAUUAAAAUUGCAUUAUAUAGUAUUGAUUGUGUGAGAAAAUUAUUGUUGAAUCAUCAUUGUAAUAAGGAAUUUAUAUUUGAACGACUUGAUGAAGCUCGUGAAGCUGAAAUGAAAGAUGAUCAAGAUUUUUGGGAAGUACCACAACAAAAACAAUCGUUAAUUGAAAAUAAGAAAUUAAAUGAAGAAAGUAAACAAUCACAAAUUGCUUUACUCAAAUCUCAUAAGUAUAUAUAACAUUUAUUAUUUACAAGGCUAACUUUUCAUCGGUAACUAAUGAAUUAGCAACAAAAAAAAAACAAAAAAGAAAAUAUUCAAUUUUAACUUCAGAAAAUAAUUUUUUAUUGUUAAUUUGUUUUUACAUAUGUAUAUUCAAAUUUUAGUAAAAUCAUGCAAAAUUAUCAGCUUAUUUCAAAAUCUUGAUAUUAGACAACUAAGAUUAAUUUUAUUUGAAAAUAGUUAUUCAGUUAUGAUACGUGAAUAUAAGCUCGAGGCAAAAAGUUUAGAAACGAAGCAUGUUUGACUUUUUUCUCUUUAAUGGUAACAAUUUGAAUAAAUUGGAGAAAAAAUUUGAUUAGCUGAAACGAUUUCUUCUCAAGAGAGGUAUUUGUCAAAUUCCCAAAUAGCAAGUUUGGAUGAUUGGUCUCUGAAAAAUCAAGACUCUUAAAAAAAACCAUUUUUCUAUGUUCUAUUUAAAACGUUUUGCCUAGAAGUUCAUCUGAUAGAGAAAAUACUUUGAUCUUUCUGAAUUCUCCACGGCCUAACUUCAGCGAACGACAAUCAUUGUGCGAAAAGCCUAAAAUGUUGUUUUCUAUUUUAUGAAAAUUUAUAUGAAUUCACUAUGUAUUACACAUUGUGGCCUUUCAUAGAACGAGUACAGUUCGCUAAAGAUAUUUCGUGAAGAGCUCGAGGACAUCAAUAGAUUUUCUCUAUCAGAUGAACUUGUUUAUAAAAUGUUUAUAACGGAAUCCAGAAAACUGAUUUUGGAAGUUUUGGUUUUCCAGAUAUCUUUCAUCC